AUGGUGGAUUUUAAGUUGUGGAAGGAUGCAAUGAUGGCAAAUGCUCAGCAAAUUCAUCAAGCAGAACGGUUUAGGGUUUACUAUGCCACCGUACUGGGAGAGAUCCAUAACGAUACAGCAAAAGGAAAUAGAGAGGUUAAGAGCCCGCUCUACAGGGCAGGCCCCAUUGAUGGAAAGUUGUCGUAUUGGGAGGCUGUGAUUUUCGGACCAGCCGAAUCGCCUUAUUCUGGAGGAGUCUUCAAAGUCGGCUUGGACUUUCCUCCAGAUUACCCGUUCAAGCCACCCAAGGUCUUCUUCACAACCAAAAUCUUUCACCCCAACGUAGGAGAGCGUGGACAUAUCUUCCUUCGGAUGCUGACUAUCGACAACUUCUCGCCCAUUUACACCAUCAAUACUAUUCUCAGUAAACUUCAUGAGAUGCUCACAAACCCUGAAAUAGGUGAGGGGGACUACUACGAUGAAGCCAAAGCGAAGCUCUAUAAAGAAGACAAGGCGGGGUUCGAUCAGCGUGCUCGGGAAUGUACUUUGGAGCACGCUGGGCCUUGA